UACUUUGUCGUUCAAAAGGUUUUACUCUUGUCAUCGUGAAGCCGAAGUCUUUGCUUAGCUAAAGUUUCCAUAUAUUCUAAAUGUUAAAAUUUUAUGCAGCAUUGUACAUAUCAGCGAAUAUUUUAUUAUCGAUUGCCUUUCCUCGUAGUAUCAGUUUUAGGGUCAGUAUAGUUUUAUGCUUGAGUAAAGUUCGACGAAAGCUCAGUGCUUCAUUUAAUUAACAGUUAAGAAUUAUGAAAAAAAGUAAUUAGUUUCCAACGUUAUUGGAACUAAUACUGAAUCCAAAUAUUUUAAUUGAUUUUUGUUCAAACAACGAUGGCGUCAAUCAAAUGGUUAGCAAUAAUCCUGACAAUACAAUUAACUUACGCUGAUGAGACGACAGAAAAUAUAGAUAUGCCUCACACUGAAAGUACUGGUAAUGAUAACAAAUAUACAGAAGGAAUAAUUUCGACCAAUAGUGGACCGGUUAAAGGCUUCAUACAUAAAGAAACGCCAAAUAUAAGAAGGUUCUAUGAUAUCCCGUACGGGACAUUUAGCGAUAAUAAUCCGUUUGAGGAACCUUCUCCAAGUCAAAAGUGGGAAACAGUUCACGAUGAACAGGAACAUAGAUCACGGUGCCCGCAAAUUGAACACUUGAAUAGAUUUGUCGGGAAUCUUAACUGCCUAACGUUAAGCAUUAUGACACCAACUGUGGCAACCGAACAGCCCCGAGGCGUUUUAUUUCACAUUCAUGAUGGAAGUUUUAAUAUGGGAAGUGGAAAUCCAGCUGUAUACGGACCAGAAUACAUAGUGCCAAAGGGAAUCAUUUUGGUCCUGCCAAAUUAUAGACUCGGAGCACUUGGAUUUCUGUGUUCACAGAAUGACUCAGUACCUGGUAACGCGGCAUUGAAAGAUUUAACUUUGGCUUUAAAAUGGAUAAAAGAUAACAUAGAAUCUUUCGGUGGUGAUCCUUCAAAUAUCGUAGUUAGCGGAGAGGGCGGCGGGGGAGCAUUAGCUGGGUAUUUGGCACUUGCGCCCAUGUCACGAGAUUACGUUUCAAAAGUUAUUGUCGAAAGUGGAUUUGUGCUCUCUCAUUGGGCGAUAGAUAGAGAUCCCGCAACAACUAUAAAAAUAUUAAUGCAGAAUCUUCCUAACGUUGGUGUAGUUACGACCAAGUCUUUUAGACUGGAAUCUUCAAACAUAGGAAUUUUGGUAACGGCAGCCAAAGACAUACAAUUCGCACCUUGUAUAGAAAGUGGUACUAAUUCGUUUAUAACUGAAACUCCAUUUAAUAUGCUCAACAAUCUAAAAACAAAUAUGACUUAUAUGAUAGGUACUACCAGUCAUGCUGGAUUGCAAGAAGCUUUAGACCACUCUGCAGAAAGCUUAGCUAAACUGAAUGAGGACUUUGGUAUUAUCUUGCCAGACGACUUAGACUUUGAAGAAAAUGAAAAGAAAAGAUCGGUAGUCGGGAACAGAUUGAGAGAACAAUACUUUGGUAAAGAUAAAGUAACAUUGAAUAAUAUAGAGGAACUUUCUCUAUGUUAUACGGAUGCUUCGUACUUAGGUCCAAUGAUCCGAGCUGCUAGACAUUUAGUAUCAUCUGGGGGUUCGGUUUAUUUCUACGAGUUUGCGUUCGUUGGAGAUUUAAAUCAAAACCAUAUUCAUGAGUCAAUUGAUGACAUCAAGAUAUCAACUUCGAUUACAGUCAACGGUGCAUCUCGAGGAGAUAUUGUUAAUUACAUUUUCUGUCGAGAAGGUCAUAUAGUUACCGAUGGUAGUAAAGAAAAACAAAUGAUAGAACUGAUAACCGAUUUAUGGACAAGUUUUAUACAAUCUGGAAAACCGACUGCCGAAGGUAUUGAGUGGCGACAAUUCGAGAAGACAACUGAAACUAACGAGGAUUGGUUGUUGAUUGACACUAAAGUAAAGCCAUCGAAAGGACUCCAUGUCGACCGACUGACACUGUGGAAUGAGAUAUAUGAGACAUACUUCGUGGAACAUAACCGCGGAGUCCGCACCAGCCCUUAUGUUUACUCUUUUACGUUCACCAUAAUCAUAUUUAUUUUUAUAUCGAAACUUUUAGAGAUCAUGAUCGUUAAAGAGUGGGUGGUUUUGUUUGUGGUGUCGAAAUGUUUGGGGGAAAAGAGGCCGCAUCGGGAUGUCAAGACAGUUCAUGGUCAGGUCAGAGGGUAUCUUUACCCGGAUCCACCUCAUCAUGUGUUCCUGGGAAUUCCCUACGCCCGCGCACCUCUCUUACAUCAUAGGUUUAAGGCUCCCGAGCCGACAGUCCCGUGGGACGGUAUAUUCGAGGCCACACACCGCGUCAAAUGUCCUCAAGUGGAGGAGACUGGGAUGGAGAACUGCCUCGUCGUUAAUGUGUUCGCGCCGGAACAACAACGCAGCAUUAAACCGCUGCCCGUUAUCGUUCAUGUGCACGACGGAGACUUUCAGAGAGGAUGGGGAUCCUACAGGGCACCAUCUCGCUUACUAAAAGAAAAUUUCGUCAUUGUCACUUUCAAUUACCGUUUGGGAGUGCUCGGUUUCCUUUGCCUCGGAUCAUUCGAGGCACCGGGGAAUGCCGGCUUAAAGGACCAAGUCGCCGCAUUAUACUGGGUGCAGAGGAACAUUAAAAACUUUGGCGGGAAUCCAUCUGAUAUUACUAUUUACGGUACGGGGUCUGGUGCCGUCGCAGUGGAACUACUUCUGCUUUCUCGUACUACCACCGGAUUGUUUCAACGGAUGAUUUUAGAAUCCGGUUCCGCUAUAGCCCCUAGUUCAGUGACGUACACGCCUUUCUCCACGGCUGUAACUGUUGCCGCACAGCUAGGAUACAAUGGUGAGGCGAAAGCGAACAAACUUGCCGAUUUCUAUCAGCAAUUGCCCAUCAGGAGUUUGAAGAAUGUAACAGAAAUGUUCCUACCAUGUAUUGAACAUGAUCAGUCUAAUACUAACAGUCUUCUCGAUGUGGACCCGUUGGAUAUAUUGAAAGACGCGCACUUCUUCCACGUGCCAAUAAUAAUGGCCUUUUCCAAUGCCUUUGAAGUAAAAAUAAUUUCGGAUAACAUAAAAAGGUUUACUUUCGUUCCCACAAACUUUAAGGAAUUGUUACCAAGCAACCUGGAGUUUGAAAGUGAAGACUUGAGAACGAAAUUGGCAAAAUUGGUAAAGGAAUUCUAUUUUGGUGAUAACAUGAUCGGAGACAACUUAAUUCCAAAUUAUGUAGAUUAUGUAAACGACAUUUUUAUCGAGUACCCUGUUGUGAAGUCUUCAAUUCUGCAUGCAAGGGCUACUCAGCCAGUUUAUCUGCUGAAGUUUAUGUACAAAGGCAGCAUGAGCAGUGUGAAGAGCGAGGAGAUACAGGGUGCUGGCCACGGAGAUCUCUACAUGUAUAUAUUUUCAAACGAACAACUGAACAGUGAAGAGCAAGUGAUCUCAGAUAGACUAAUUCAAUUAAUAUCCAACUUCAUAAAAGUAGGGGACCCAACACCAUUGACAACCACAUUAAUACCAGCUAUUUGGGAGCCUGUACCAUACACUAAUGACUUGGAAGGCAAGAUCACUGUAGUACCAUACUUAUUGUUCGAUAAAACAGUAGCAAAUCAACUUCUAUCCGGCCAGCAGUUGAUAUUCUGGGAUCACAUUUACACUAAGUUUUACAAAAAACAUGAAAACUCUUGAAACAAAUUAUUUUCAUUUUGUG